CAGACGAUCAUAGACUGAUAUCCCUCGACGUUGUGAAUCUAUUCGGAAAUCUAGAAAAGAGUAAAAUUAUUGAAGUUCUUAAGCUUGAGUGGAACAAUAUAAAACAACACACCAAAAUAGAUAUGGAAUUAUUUAUGGAAGUAGUCACCUUUCUCCUUGAAAACAAUUAUUGUACGUUCCAGGGAGAAUUUUAUCGACAAGUUUUUGGAUGCGCAAUGGGGUCCAAGUUAUCCCCCAUCUUGGCACAAUAUGUUAUGGACCAUCAAUUGAACUUGACCUUACCUAAGUUACCGUAUACUGUUCUAAUAUUGAAGAAAUUUGUAGAUGACCUUUUUAUGAUAGUACCAGAAACAGAAAUCCAACUUACACUUGAUUGUUUCAACUCUCUCUGCGCAGAUAUACAGUUCACAUUAGAAACAGAAGAUACACAACAGUCAGUACCAUUCCUAGACACCAGAGCAUAUAGACAUGACAAUAAAGUAAAGUUGAAAUGGUACAGAAAGAACACUCAUUCAGAUAAGAUCAUUCAUUUCUAUUCAGACCAAAACAUAAAUGUAAAAAUCAACACAAUAAAUCAAAUGAAAAAAAGGAUAUCAAAAAUAUGUCAUAAGUCAUUCAUAGAAGAAGGAAUAAGAAAACUACAUCAUAUCCUUAGAGAAAAUGCAUACCCUAACAGCAUGUUAAAGAAACUAUUGUAUGCAAACAGUGAAACACAGACUGGACAGACAGAAGAACAAAAUAUGACAACAACUAGGACACAUUAUGCAUCGUACCCUAAUAUUACUAACUUAACAGGAAAAUUGAAAAAUGUGUUUAGAGAAGAUAAUGUCAAAAUUGCAGUUUAUAACCAAAAAACCAUAAGGUCCUUGUAUACCAAAAUAAAAGACCCUAUACCAACACCCCUACAAAGUAAUGUAGUUUACAAAAUAAAUUGUGAAAACUGCGAUAAAUGUUAUAUUGGACACACCUCACAAUGGGUAAAAAGUAGAAUGGCGCUACAUAAGUCGGAUAUAAGAAAAUAUCCAGAAAGAUGUGCUUUGGCUGCUCAUGCACAUAGUCUGGAUCAUCAUAUAGAUUUUGAAAAUGUGGAGAUAUUAAAAACAGAAAGUAAUUACCAGAAGAGAUUGAUACACGAGAUGAUAAAUAUAAACAAAGAAAAAAACACUCUAAACAAAAAGACGGAUACAAAUAAACUGAGUUCCAUAUACAGUUAUUUGUUAGAGAAGUUGGAAAUGAGUGGCUUUUAUGACGGUCCUGUAGAUGAGUAGAGAAAACAAGGAGCAUAGAGUUGGGCAACAGACGACGUUUCAUAGAACAGGUAACAUAACCAAGAAAAAAAUUUUUUCGUGCUGAAGGAUCGUAAAGUGUGUAUGAGAAUUUUUAUAUGUCGUUUUGAAACCAAAGAAAUUCCAAGAUGAAAGUAAUAAGGAUAGUUUUAUAUUGUUUUUAACGUAUGGUUCAUGACAGGUGUAUGUUUAUACAAAACCUCGCAUUCAAAGCCCUGAAGAAGCAUUAAAGAAAUGCGAAAGCUUGGCGUAGAAUAAAGAGUACCUCAUUCACUCCCCAAACCAGAGUCGAUAGACCCUUAUCGUCGAAUUUAUAUUAUUAAAAGGCUCUUAUAACUACAGUGAUCAUAUAGUAAUGGGUUUCUUCGAAGAUAUCAGCAGAGAUUAUGGACAUGAAACAACUAAAUAUUUGAAGAUAUGGAGUACAACGAACAACAAGUUGGCAUCAGCUGUGAACCGACGUAUAUUUCUUUUGGAAUGUAAAAGACAGGGAAUCGUUCCAAAACAUAUCACAUCAAAUUUGAAAAGUGUGAUGAGUCUUUUCGAGUAUAACAAUAAUAGACUAAACAAGAAAAUAAAACAAUUCAAUGACAAAACGAAUAAGAAGAUCCUCAACCUAGAAUUGUGUCAAGUAAACCAAAAGGUGAACAAGUUGAAAAAGUACAUAGAGGAAAUACAGAGAAAGUUAGAAAAUCUACCGGAAUACAUUCUUGUGGAAUAUAAGAGAAGACUAAGUAUAGCAUAUAACACGAGAUUUCACAAAAUCAAGGAAGGAAACCUAAAGAAGAUAAAAGACCUCAGCAGGGAAAAUAUUCAGUACAUAAAAACACAAGAAAAAUGGUUAAGAAAUUUGUCUGAAAAACAGAUACCAACAACAGUGAGCAGCCUUCUAUCCUUGGGUUCAAAGUUCAGCAUUCCAACAACAAAAAGAGAUGUCAACAUAGAGAAUCUAAUUGCAGACACAGAAUAUAUUCUGCGAGGUAUUGAAAAUGAACGAAA